AUGGCCGCGCCUCGACCCCCGCCGCCGGGGGCACUGGGAGUCGGGGUCGGUGGCAGCGGUGGCGCCGCCCCCGCCGCCGGGGCGCCCGCCGGAGUCAGCAUGCGGAUGUUCCACGGCGAGGUGUACCUCGGCGAGAUGGAGGUGUUCCCGAUGAAGCAGGGGGGCGAGGGAGGCCUCCCGUUCCCGAGCAACGAGAUCCGCGUCAGCCGCCUCUCGCCGGCGAGCGAGAGGUGCCCGCCCCUCGCCAUCCUUCAGACCAUCGCGCCCUUCUCCGUGCGAUGCAAGCUGCAGACCAAGCUGACGCCUCCCAACCCGAGCCUCCAGCGCUUGUAUCUCACUUGUUUCAACGAGUUCAAGAGCGCUGUGGUAGUAGUUGGGGAUGAGGAGCUGCACCUGGUGGCAAUGCCGACCAAAUCAGGGAAGGUGCCAUGCUUUUGGUGCUGCUCAGCACGCUCUGGGCUCUAUGCAGCGUCCGUUGGCAUGCUCAACUUGCGCUGUCUUGCCAUUGUGUUUGAUCUUGAUGAGACCCUUAUCGUUGCUAACACUAUGAAGUCCUUUGAGGAUCGGAUUGAGAUGCUUUCCCGCAGAAUGGAUGUCGAAGAUGAUCCUAUCAGAAUAGCAGGGAUGUCUGCAGAAAUCAAACGGUAUAUUGAGGACAAAGAGCUUCUCAAAGAAUUCAUUGACACCGAUACAGUUACGGACAAUGGCAAAAUAGUUGGAACCCAGAAAGAGGAGGUUCAACCUAUGUCUGGUGGUCAGGAGCGUGUUCUUCGUCCAGUUAUCAGACUGCCUGACAGGAAUGCAAUUUUGACUCGCAUCAAUCCAGAGAUUCGUGAUACCAGUGUUUUCGUAAAGCUAAGGCCUGCUUGGGAAGAAUUGAGGAGUUACCUAACUGCAAAAGGACGAAAAAGAUUUGAGGUUUAUGUAUGUACAAUGGCUGAGAGAGAUUAUGCUCUUGAAAUGUGGAGACUUCUUGAUCCAGAAGGCAACUUAAUAAGUCCACAACAGCUCUCAGAACGCAUAAAUUGUGUAAAGUCAGGUUCCAGAAAGUCCCUGCAGAAUGUUUUCCGAGACAGAGGAUGCCAUCCAAAGAUGGCCAUGGUAAUUGAUGACCGACUUAAUGUUUGGGAUGAUAAAGAUCAACACAGAGUUCAUGUUGUCCCUGCAUAUACUCCAUACUAUGCUCCACAGGCAGAGAUGGCCAAUGCUGUUCCAGUUCUAUGUGUUGCAAGGAAUGUUGCUUGCAAUGUUCGUGGUGGGUUUUUCAGAGAGUUUGAUGAGAAUCUACUGAGGAAAGUGUUUGAACUAUACUAUGAAAAUGGGUUACUGGAUCUUCCAUAUGCUCCAGAUGUUGGUGACUAUUUAGUCUGCGAGGAUACCAAUUUUGUACCAGCCAACAAAGAUCAGGCUCCUAUACCUGAGGGCAUGAGGGGAACUGAAGUAGAGAAGAGAUUAAAUGGGCAGUCAUAUCGGUGGGAGCAAAGGGAAGGACAGCAAAUGUCAUCCUUAACCCGUUCACCAGAUGACGAGGGAAUGCCUAUCCGAGGUACUGGAGGAGUUAGGACUAUCCAGCCAAAUGGGGGAUCACUAGCAAUAACCCCCUCGGUAUAUGUCACAGUGUUGCAAGAAAUCGGGCGGCUAUGUGACUCCAAGGUGGAAUUCAGAUCUACUGUAAGCAAUGGCAAAAGUAUGCUAUUUUCUGUAGAGGUUCUGUUUAGUAAUGAAAAAAUUGGAAUAGGAAUCGGAAAAACAAGAGAUGAAGCUCAAGUUCAAGCUGCUGAAAAAGCUCUCCAAAAUUUGGAGAGCAGUUAUUUGUCAUCUGUUGCUCCAGUUGCCGGAGUUCCUAAGAAAGAUUCAAGGAAGUCCCCGGGGAGUGGUAAUGGCUUUCUGGAGGACGCUCCUUGUUCAGAGAAUGAUAUCUCUAUGCGAGAACCUUCUGGAAGUACAUUGAAACUGGAUGAUUCAAAUAAUAUGGAUAAGUUGUCGUCUAUUAUGAGUCUUAUUAGAGAACAUUGCUUGGAGGACCAACAUGUAGUAUUUCGAGAUCAAGUCCAGAAUUCUAGCCCAGCCAGAAAUGAAGAAUAUCAUUUCCAGGUUGAACUAGCAGGAUUGAUUCUCGGGAGGGGUGUUAGUUCGGACAGAGAAGCUGCGAAGCUUCUGGCUGCAGAAGAGGCACUGAAGACCUUAAAAUCAACCACCGACCCACAAAUUAAGAAGUAUCUGAGACCUGUAAGGUAA